GGAAAGUGAGAAGGCUCGUCCCAGACCAGGCCCCAGGCCAAUGGGCGUUGGUGCUGCUGCUCACAGCUUGCUUUGCCAGGGCUGGGGUCGCUCCUGCCUUCCCUGCAAAAGACCCCGUCAGCCCGUCUGGUCCCUCCUCCAUUCCCAGCCCGUCAUCUCCUUCUCCUCUCCAAAGUCGUCCUCCAGCACCAGCACCAGCCCAGCACCAGCAGCGCCCGUGUCGUAUCGAGUCUGUCUUGUCACAACCUGCCGGGAGAUACUUCCAGCCCAGCAACAAGAGAAGAAAAAAAGAGGAGCCCGCAUUUACCCCGUCCACCAUUUGAGACGGCCCCUCUUACCGAUCACCGCGACACCAUUAUUUUUCCACCGCUACGGCACCGUGCUCUGCAAGUUAGGACGAAACUAUUCGUCCCAUCCCAUCCCAGGCCACACCCCCUCGGGUACUUGGACGGUAGGCACAAUCAAGACACAAGCAGGCACAAUCGCAUAGGAAGCCGAGGAACUGUGUCCCGCGCUUUAUUCUUGUAUACUUUCUGAGACAUCCGCACGGCUGGACACUCAACAGAGGAGACGGUGAUAUCCACUUAUUAUCUAGGGGAUCUGCCUAGCACAACCCACCCGCUUAUUAGCCGCCCGCCUAUGCCCGCCGUUGUCCGUGACUUUGGCCACCGGGACCCAGCUCUGGAAUAUCGCAAUCACGUCCACGCACGGCCAGCCCUGGACUGGACUGGACUGGACGGACUGACUGACUGGCUGGCUGUCUGGUUGUCUGCUGUCAUCACUAGCGUUGUGCACGCUACGUACCGAAGCACUGCAUACAUACCGUUUAUACACACACACCACGCACACACGCGUAAGGAGAAGGACAAGGAGAGGCGCUGACAUCACAGUCUCCAAGCCAGCCCUCUCUACAUCCUGCCACACCCUCCUCCAAUCCAUCAACUCCCGACGGCACCACCUCGGAAACAGCCAGCUCAGGUCGAGCGGAAAAGUCAGCUUGGGCUGCUUGGGGGUUGCGCACAGAAUCCGCCCGGCCAGCUUCAGGUGAACCUUAUCACCAUCAUCGAGCGGAGCGGCCAGCAACCUGCAAGCUUGCCCCCUAACUCACCACCUGCAGCAUAGUUGAUACGACCCCUCUGAAACAGCCUUCCACCCCGGCUCCACGAGUGUGUGUGACAGCCCACAAUUCGCCCAGGACGUCGCCCUGCUAGUCAAGCCACCAGCCCAGGCCGCCAGCGCCCUGUUCUCUGCGGAAACCGUGGUGCCCUUUCCUUUGUCCUGGGUCUGCGUGCGUGCCCGCUUGCCCGCUGUGCCCGCUCGCCUGUCAAUCCCAUCCCCCCGUUCCACUCAUACCCCCCCGGUGGGCUGUCCAGGCUAGGCCAGACCAGACUCGCGGACCACGGGCCAAGCAGGCUCGCUCGCUCGUGGCUUGACAGACAGAUCGUCACCUAGCUGGGGUCGUCCCGGGUCAGGCCCCAAGGCACGCAAGCUGCUCAAACUGUCCGCCCUCCUGAAAAGCUUCGGGCCCUCCUGGAUCCCAGACCACAGCAGAGCCCACCCUUCGCACACGCCCAGGCCACAUAGCGACCCGCCUGCUGUCAAAGGUCCACUUCCCUGAACAAGGGCCGCGCCAACCUGGGGAUGCUGUUGCGCGACUCAUUUCCACCAGGACAAGGCGCCGCCGCUUAGGCUCAUUCAAUCCAGGCACAGGCUCAGGCACGGGCACAGGCCACUCGCACCUCCGUAGCCCUUUUUCUAUCGCCCGCUCCGGUUUCCAUCUCGCCUCCGCCCAUAUACUUCCAUCCCCGGGGCCCAUAUGUUCAAUCGAUCCCAAGGGAAACAAGGGAAACAGCAGGGUUUUGCCAAAGAGCAGCGGAUCGCCGACGCCCAGCUGGCCAGUCUGAAACAGCUUGGUCUAAUCGGCCGCGACAAGAAGGGCUUCGCAUCCGCCUGGGGAGGAACCGAGCCGAUUACCACUGCCUCCGGCUCUGGUUCUGCGGCGAGGAAGGGGCCCAAUUACACAUCCAUCAAGCCUCCCGGCGACUCAGACAACGGGCCCUCGUUUCCGGAAAAGGGCCAUUCCAUCGCCGCUGGGACUCUACGACCGCCCUCGCACCGUUCCUCCCGUUCGACUGGCUCAAUUGGAUCCCGCGAAGGUGCUCUGCGAGCGAAUACAACCUCCAACUUUGGCAUGAUGAAUGCAGACAGGAGCCGGACCCGGAGGGAGCGUACCUUUGUGGGCGCCGAAUGUGCCGUCUGCGAGGAGCCACUGGAACACACCCUCCGCGGGGAGCGAAUACUACAGUUCUCAUGCUCCCACGUUUCGCACGAGGCAUGCUUCUACGAGUUCAUCCGGGAGUUCGAAUCGCAAUACUGCCCAACAUGCAACGCACCCCUCCACCUAGACACGAGCCGUGGUGGCAAUGUCCUCGACAUUGAGAAAAUCAGUAACAUGGUCCGCUCCGUCUCCGUCAACGAUACGAGAUCGACAAACGCGCCUACCCCGGCAGCCGCCCCGGCGCCUGCGCCGGCACCAGCUCCGCCAUCCGUAGAAUGGAAUGACCACAAUGCCCGCCCACCCAGCCGGGGCUCGGCUGCGAGACAACCACCGAUGGGCCCCCUGCCGACUCCGUCGCGCGGCAGCCUCCGAGACAACAACUCGGACAGAUACGCGGGAGGACGGAUAGGGCACAUGCGCAGCGACAGUGAGGCCACGGGCAUGACUGGGGUUGCCUCUUCCGGCGGCUAUCCCGAGACAACACAGAGCGGGCCACCGCGCCGUCACGACUACGACCUGCAGGCCAUGGAAACAAGCCUUGCCAGCCCGAAGGCCGUUGCGAGGAAUCCAAUCCCAGCUCCGACCGUCACGGUGCGAUCCGAGUUCCCUACGAUCAACCGGUCAAGACAGCAACAGACCCUCACCUGUCUUGUCACUGUCGAGGUUCCUGACAACAAAUGGAGGCCCGACCCCGACGACAUCCAGUCUGCCCCACCGAUGCCACAUCAGAGGAUCGAGGACCAGUUCCCCCAGAGGCCACCGUCUCCGGCACAGAGCGCUCCUCGUUUCUACCCGUACGAGUCGGCUGAGGUUCUGGAGGAGAUGACAGAGAACCUGCGAAAUCGCGUCGACAAUUGGCAUGGGCUUGACUUCAGCCGCUUUGGGAAACUGCGGUUGUACGGCACUCUGCGGGUCGGCAAGGACAAGCUCUCAUGGCAGGAGCUGGAAUGCUUCCUCUUCGCCGAGAUGCUCAUCUGCGUCAAGGAGAAGAAGAGCUCAGCCCCACCGCCGCAAUGGGACGACGGCUCGCCACGCAAGACUACGAGAUGCACUCUCAAGGGCUCAAUCCUGAUCAAGAAGCAUCUGAACGAGGUUUCCGACGCCGGGAGCAUCGACGAGAACAUCCUGACACUCAGCCUAUCUGUUGCAGAGCUACCCCAGUUCCACCUGCGUUUUGAGAACCGCAACCAGCUCAAGCUGUGGCAGCAAGCUCUGCUGGACUUGAACGCGGUUGAGACGUCGCCUGUGCGCAGCCCUGACUAUGAACGUGGCGAGUUCUCGGGCGAGGACGAGGAAGACUGGCGGAGGGACUCUACCAGGCCGCAGAGGGUUUCGUCGGUCGCUUCUUCGUGGGGCGGUGCAAGGUCCGCCACCACCGCGCCGACCGAUUACACGACAUUCCAAAGAAGCCCCCUCAUGGCCUCGGUACACGUCCCCAUCGAUGUGGUCGUGGUCGUGCCCAUCUCGUCAUCCAUGCAGGGUGUCAAGAUCAACCUCGUUCGGGAUGCCCUCCGAUUCAUGGUGUACACCCUGGGCGAGAGGGAUCGCAUGGGCCUGGUGACAUUUGGCUCGGGCGGCGGAGGUGUGCCUAUUGUUGGCAUGACUACAAAGGCCUGGCCCGGCUGGAGCAACGUCUUGUCGUCGAUCAAGCCCGUCGGGCAGAAGAGCCACCGCGCCGAUGUCGUCGAAGGGGCGAACGUGGCAAUGGAUCUUCUGAUGCAGCGCAAGUACAACAAUCCGGUCGCCACUAUUAUGCUCAUCAGCGACGCAUCAACAUCAGACGCCGACAGUGUUGACUUCGUUGUAUCAAGAGCCGAGGCUGCCAAAAUCACCAUCCACUCCUUUGGUCUCGGAAUGACACACAAGCCCGACACCAUGAUUGAGCUGUCGACCCGGACAAAGGCAUCGUACACAUACGUCAAGGAUUGGAUGAUGCUUCGCGAGUGCCUGGCCGGCUGCCUGGGCUCCAUGCAGUCGCUCUCGCACCAGAACGUGAAGCUCAAGCUCAAGUUGCCCGAGGGCUCGCCUGCCAAGUUCCACAAGAUCAGCGGCGCACUGCAGAUCACCAAGCGUGCAACCGGCAGAGAUGCAGAGGCUUCCCUCGGCGACUUACGGUUCGGUGACAAGCGGGAUAUCCUUGUCCAGCUAGUCAUCCUGCCAGACAAUUCAACCCAGGAGACACUGCCCCAGGAUGCCUGGGAGAGCAUCGUGUCCGGGCUUGAGGCCCUGGGGGGCCCGGUCGAGCAAGAGGACCAAAGGGCCGUGUCCGUUGAGGAGGUCCCCCUGAUCCAGGCGGAUCUCACCUGGGGCGAUAUCCUGAGGGACGGGGCUGCUAUGCACCUCCCACGGCCCUCGCUGCUUGCCAUCACAAUGUUGCCGACCAGCUCCAACAAGAAGUCGUGGAACGGCACACCGCCCAUCCCGCCGCACCCACACAUUGUGCAGCGCCGCAUGGAGCUACUCACCUCAGAUAUGCUCACACGAGCACUCACCCUGGUAAGCAGGGGACAGCAUGACAGGGCCCACACGCUGCUGAACGAGACCCGUUCGAUCCUAAAGGGUCUGGGCAAGGGCGGCCUGCCACCAGUGCCCAACAUGCCGCCCAAGUCGAACCCGUCUACACCGCAUACGGGCCAGAAUGACGCCUCGCCCACCACCGCUCUUACGCCCGACCGAAAGAACACGCCAUCUCCUUCGGCCUCGGCGACCUCAUCUGCCGCGAACGGCGGCUUCCAGCCCUCUGCUAUCCCACGGAGCCGGUCCAACGAUGGCAUCGGCCUUGGCAGCAUGGGCACGGCUGCCGGCAUCGACGCCACCACCGUCGCGGCGCUCGAUGCCGAGCUCGAAUCGUCACUCGAAUGGAUCAACCACCCGGCUGUGUUCGGGCGCGACAGCCGCAAGGCGGUCCUGCAGGCCAUCGGGGUGAUCUCGUCGCAGAGGGCAUUCACGGUCCGCACGCCGAUCGAGGCGCUGUGGGCGGCCCGCGUCACGGGCGUCAAGAAGCUGACGGAGAAGAGCCGAGAGUGGCGCGACGAGGGCGGCGGCGAGGGAGGCAUCACAGAGGAGGCGUAGACAGCGUUCCCUUCUAGCCUGCCAUGUAAUGAUUGAUUUUAUUCGCAGCUCCCCCAUAUCCUGCGGGGGGGCAGUGGGGCCGACAACAAGUUAUGGGUUUUUCUUGGUUUAUGGCUUUUUAUAUUGGGAAAAAAGAUACCACUUGACACGUUGGAUGUUGUCUUACUUAUUCUUACUCACUGGGAACUCGAAACUGCCCACAUAUGCGGACUUGUUAUAUACACACAAUAGCAACACUGGCUGGUCUCGGUCAGUUGGGGGGGGGUCACUUGGUCUUUACAUUCAGGUCCCUGGCUCAGGAUCAAUCUGGUGGCGGGGAGAGGUCCCCAGGGGGGAGAUGCGAAAGGGGCUUUUCUACCGGACAAUAUUGGCGGCGGUGGGAUUUGGUUUUCCAGACGGGGAUCUCGUGCAUGAUUUGAUGUCUCAUUCCAUUAUACUGGGGAUGUUCCUGUGAGGCCCAGGAGGGAUCACUCGUCCUCGUUGGCUCACAUAUUCUGCGUUGUGGUUGCUGUUGAUAUAUUGGUUCACUGCGCCUCUCCAUUUUAUGAGAGGCACUCAUGACACGGCCUGCUUCAUAAACAAUUCAUUCAAAUCGAUGUCUUACCUGAUGAUAACAUUGUGUGCGGUCUCACAGCGCCUCUUUUGUUCCUUGUGAUGGAAAAGAACAGGUGCAUGGCCCUGGGAACGGUCGUGCUCCAUUUUCUCCAUGUUGUGCACCAUGUCGCCUCGGGACUGCGUCGCCUUCAAGGUUCUGAUGCAAAAUGGCGGGUCUGCUGCAACCUUAUUUUGUGCUGGGCCUGUCACGGGGUGGUGUACCCGGGUGGUUGGAACAGGUUCAGACUUGUUUCUCGGCUGUCUCACGCACGAGUAAACAAGCCGGUGGUCAGGUCGCAGGUAGAGGGAUUUGACCCCGAACCAUCCGGGCAGAGCCGUCUGUCUGCAUCACUCCGUAGGGCGAUGGCAGGAACACGAAUAUGCGUUAUGCGUACGUGGCUGAGGGGGGCUGUUCUCUGGUGUCCUUCGCCACUUAAUACAUUGAGCGACGGAACCCAAGACUGCGAGACAGUGAACGGUGGGGGGGGCUAUGCUCGGCUUCCUCUUGAGACACAGCAGCCCCUCUCUGUGACACUGGAGAUGUCUGUGGAUGACAGACCGACAGGCGACGCAAGUCUGGUUACCCGAAGGACUGACCGAGCGAGCAGACCGGCAGCCCAUAGCGUCUGUGUACUUGGGAUAUAUGCAGGGCUUGAGAUGUUGCUGGAGGUGUAGAGGAAGAGACACAGGCAGAGUCAGUCAGGUCAGCCAUGGACGACGCUAAUGAGGCUAACCUAACCCAACAACCCACUGCAUCUCGCCAGCCUUUUUGGUGGGCAUCGGGUUGUGGGUACCAUUUAUUAUACGAAGGGCGGACCUUGGGGGUCGCCAUGCUGUUUUUAGCAAUUGGCCGCUGACACGGACAGUGAACUGCGACCACCUCACAGACAAACACGUAACCAUGUAGACUAGACAGAAAGGAGAGAAAGACUGGUUGAGGGAGGUCUUUGUGCCGAAUGACUGAAUGACUAGCCAGGC